CUUAUCAGAUCUUUCUAUCUCGCGUUCUCGUCCGCUCUCACUCUCUCUUUCGAAGAGAACUCCGCGAACGUUUCUCCCACAAAUGCUCGUCUUGGCUUGCAGCCGACCACUCCAUAGUUUUCGACCUCCGAGAUGCUUCGGCCGGCGAGAGCUCUUCAUCGAUGGUGUCUCCUCUAUCUCCUCCCAAAGACCCACCGCGCCUGCUCCUCAUCUCGACCUCGCCGCCUCUUCUCGCUCGUCAUCUGAUGAACAGACUUUUAACCUGGAUGACACUAUGAAAACUGUUUUCCCAUUUACUUCUCGGCGAAUGCUGUUUGCUGGUUCAACAGUAUGGUUUUGCUUGCACACUUCAAAGUACUUUCCAGCUCUUGCAUUGGAAGAACCAUCUAUCACAACUGAAGAUGUCACACCUCGUGUUUUCUUAUCUGGGCCGCUCUUUCCUUCAGAAGAAAGAACUGUGGAAAUUUUUGAGAAGAACACUUACUCUGUCGUCAACAUCUUUGAUGUAACAUUACGCCCUCGGCUUAAUGCAACCGGUGUUGUUGAGGUGCCUGAAGGAAAUGGUUCUGGAGUUGUUUGGGAUAAAUUUGGACACAUUGUGACAAAUUAUCACGUUGUUGGCAAUGCUCUUUCAAAGAAUCCAAACCCUGAUCAAGUUGUUGCACGUGUGAACAUCCUUGUUGCUGAAGGGGUACAAAAGACCUUUGAGGGUAGGCUGAUUGGUGCAAAUCGUGCUAAAGAUCUUGCUGUCUUAAAGGUGGAUGCCUCUGCGGAUCUUUUGAAGCCAAUUAAUGUCGGUCAGUCUUCAGUCCUAAGAGUUGGCCAGCAGUGUUUAGCAAUUGGAAAUCCUUUUGGUUUUGAUCAUACUCUUACUGUUGGAGUUAUUAGUGGACUGAAUCGCGAUAUUGUUAGCAAAACUGGAGUGACAAUUGGAGGUGGCAUUCAGACAGAUGCAGCCAUCAAUCCUGGAAAUAGUGGUGGUCCUUUGCUGGACUCGAAAGGAAACAUGAUUGGAAUUAACACAGCAAUAUUCACAAAUACAGGGGCCUCAGCAGGUGUAGGAUUCGCCAUCCCGUCUUCAACUGUACUUAGGAUUGUCCCUCAGCUAAUCCAAUUUGGAAAAGUUGUGCGUGCUGGUUUAAAUAUGGAGAUAGCGCCAGAUCUAGUUGCUAAUCAACUUAAUGUUCGGAAUGGAGCUCUUGUGCUGCAGAUUCCUGAGAAUAGUGUUGCAGCCAAAGCAGGUUUGCUACCUACCACAAGAGGUUUAGCUGGUAAUAUUGUUCUUGGGGAUGUUAUCGUUGCGGUAGAUAAUAAACCUGUUCGCAGCAAAGCUGAUCUAUUGAAGAUUUUGGAUGAGUAUAAUGUUGGAAACACUGUUCUGCUUAAGAUUCAGAGGGGAAGUGAGAAUUUAGACCUACCUGUAGUUUUAGAGGAGACGAGCAUCUGACUGGUCCAGAAUCACCCCCCAUUUGAUAAGUUCUUAUUCCAUUCUGAGCUUGCAAAAUAAUAGGUAAAUUUUAUUCUCUUAAAUUGUUACAAGUUUAAGAAAUUAAAUAAAUGGCAUCACUUUGAAUGUUGAAGUUCCAUAUCAAUAAUUGUGGUACCAAUCAGGCAGCUUAUUACUUCUGCUUUUGGGAAUUUGAUAAAGAAAAACUGCAGAACAUGUAUAUCACGUCAAGAAAUUUGCAACCGAGAUCUGCAGAUCCAGACUUCUUGAAACCGUAUGUGUGGUUUUGUCCAUUACUUCAAGGGUUUGAAAGUAGCUCCAAGGCUCUUUAUUGUCAUGGCUAUGGAGGACAAUGCUUCAUUAAUUAUGAAGGCAAUUGUCCUCGAGGCACAAAAGACAUGAUUCUCUGCAACUAAGAAGGAUAUGUAGUUUAUGCAAAAUAUGGAUGUGUUGAACAAAAAGAUACUAUCAUGGUGAAAUGGUGGCAGUAUGCUUUAUGAACUCCAUGAGCUUCCAUCUAGAUUUGAAGUAUAAAUUACUUGUAAGUCAUUCGAUAUGUCUUGGUCUCUACUACAAGUACUUAUAAGAUAGGUGCUUAGUACUCGAUACAUGAUCGAUGUAAACCUAUGCUCUUCUUGUAAGAGAUGGAUUCUUAUGUUUCUCCA